UCUUGCUCGUAACAUCUAACUUGGGUCCGAAGACUACCAUACUUAAUCAACGCUUCAAGAUCUUUUGUCCAAUUAGAACUUGUCAACAGCAACAUAUCAGUGCUUUCUUAGCGGGGUCAUGUGCAUCUUCUGUCUAUAAAAUGUCAGCCCCUACAAGAGGGAACUAGUUCUGGCCAACAAUCGUGGGCACUAGCUGGAAAGCCAAGAGAGGAUUAUCAAUGGUGUCAAGCAAGUACACAAAGCAUUCCGAAAAUCGUGAGAAAAGAAGAGUAAAUAGAAAAAUAAAGAGGCUGAAAGCAGAGAUGGAAGAGAUUGGUAAGCAACAAGUAAGUAUCAGACAAGGGCAAAAGGAAAUGAGAGAAAGGUUUGUUGAGAUUGAAUCAGCAUGUGAUCAGCUCAAAAAGGAGACUGAACUUAUAUCUCUUGCAAGUGACAAAGUUCAAUUUCGCCUCAAUAUCAUCUUCAAGAUCCUGAAAGCGAGAGAAGAGAAGGAUUUCGGUAAAGCUGCUGAUCUUACUUUUUAG